ACAAGAUCUGAUCUGGAAUUUCAAAAUAAAAGCCUCUCAACAUGUCUACAUUUGGUCACUUUUAUCUAGGUUGCUGUCGAUAUUGCUUAGAAAAUCCCUGUUUCCAGUUACCAAUUUCACUUCAGAGUAAUAUUAGAAUGCUCCUGGUUGCUUUUCACCAAAGGUCACCAAGAGCUGAUGUAGAAUUUCAAAAUAAAAGCCUCCCAAAAUCUCUACAUUUGGUCAUUUGUUUAUAUGCUGCGUUCAAUAUUGCUAAGAAACUCCCUGUUUCCAGUUACGGUUUUCACUUCAGGGUGAUAGUAGAACAGCUGUAAUUGCUUCUUACCAAUGGUCUCACCAUCACUAGUCAUUUGUUUUGUUGUCAGCAAUAUUCAUCCCAGGCUAAGCUUUAGCACUAGCCCUGCUAGUUAGGAGAAAAAGAGCAGCAAGGAAGAAGAGGCUGUAGGUGCACAAAACCCUCAGCUCCAGGGUGUCAUGGUUUUUAGGUGUUUGGCCCACAUGCAGAACACAGUCGGGAGACAAAAAGCAGUAAAAGAUGUUUAUUGAAAACUCAGGGGUACACGGAGGUGGUAUGCUCAUAGAAUGAGCAACCGAAUGAUCGAGACGUCAGGAUCGGAACACUGUGGGAAGAAAGGAACAGAUUGAACGUGGGCAAAUGGGGAAUCUAGAUCUGUGGCGUGAUGCUUACCGCCAGGUACGAGUAACCUAUCCGGGGGGAGUGGAGUAGAAGAACGGAUUCAGUAAAGCUCCUUCUCUUGGUAGGACUAGGUGACCGAGUGACAGGUAAGCCAGCAGGAGGAACAAAGGCGGGGAGCCUGAGCAGCACCACAGCAGGAAGCAGGGAACAGAAGGCAGCCGAAGGAACCAGGGUGAAUCCAGGGAGGGGGAACUCUUGCCCGGCUUGGUAAGACCAAGGGGGCUCGAGGGGAAUGCCGGAACAGAAUCUGAGCGGCGAGGAUUUUUAAGCUCCAAGCCGUAGCUGCCAAAACGAGCUGCAGGUGCGCACCACGCCCACCUAUCAACUACGAUCACCUGUGAUAGGAAAAGAGAAGAGAGCAGGCAGCGCAGACAGCGCAGCCUACUGAAUACUGACACAGGGAGCCGCUGGGGGAUUUCAGGCGUGUCAGUCUACUUUCGGCUCAGUAUGGAGCAGUUUGAGAGUUUGCUGGGGAGAGUCGGACCAAGGAUCUCAAGGAUCCAUACAAAUUACCGGGAGCCAAUUUCUUCUAGGGAGCGUCUGGCAAUUUGUCUGAGAUACCUUGCAACUGGGGACUCCUACACCACCAUCGCUUCUAGCUACAGAAUGGGCAUCUCCACUGUGGCAGACAUUGUGCCAGAUGUGUCCAAGGCCAUUUGGGACAGCCUGGUGGAUGAAUUUCUGCCUGUACCAAAGGUUGCUGAUUGGCAUGAGAUUGCUCUGGGCUUCCAAGAGAGGUGGAACUUCCCCAACUGUGUGGGAGCAAUAGAUGGGAAACAUGUGGUAAUCCAGGCACCACAUAAUUCAGGUUCCCAGUAUUUCAACUACAAGGGAACAUACUCUGUUGUACUUCUGGCAGUUGUGGAUGCAAGGUAUCUUUUUAGGGUGGUGGAUGUUGGAGCUUUUGGCCGGAACAGUGAUGGAGGGACCCUUGCUGCUUCCACCUUUGGAGAAGCCCUGCGAGAAGAAAAGCUGCAUCUCCCAGAAGAUGCUCCCCUUCCAGGCGCCAAUCACCUGGGGCCCAUGCCUCAGGAGGAAUGUGCUGAGGCCAUAUCCUGGAAGAAACCUCUCCCAACCAAAGAGGAUCUUCAACUACCGCCUAUCAAGAGCGAGACGAGUAGUUGAGAAUGCCUUUGGGAUUCUUGCUGCGCAGUGGAGAAUCUACCACCGGGUGAUUGGAGUGAGCCCUGAAAAUGUGGAUGCUGUUGUGAAAGCUACAGUGGCCCUUCACAACUUCCAGAGGUGGAACUCCACAGCUGAAAAUCCUGUCCCACUGGAAGAACGUGACAUCCCUGCACUUCAACAAGCAAGGAGAGCGGGCGCCAACAACGCCACCCAAGAGGCUGUAGCUGUCCGGGAGGCAUUGAACAGUUACUUCUCCUCCGUCGCCGUUGGUGAAGUGCCCUGGCAAUACAGCGUAGCCUGACUUGCCCACCUCUCACCUGUCAACCCUCUGCUACUCUUCCUCUUCAUAAAACAAAGGCUCUUUUAAGAGCCACUCACUUAUUCUUUAAAGGGCUGAUUUCCAUAAAAAUAUUUAUUCCAGCAUUCUUUGUGUGUUUACACAUACCUGGCCAAUAAAACCGUGAUUCUAUCGUUCUGCUAGAUGUGUACUUUACAAAUAACCAUAAAUAGUCAAUUAAAUGUGAUAUGUACGUUUCCUGACUUAAAACUUUAACAGACAUAGUGCAGUGAUUGACUUUAUUUUAGUUUACA